CAGGUUGAAGACGACAACUGCGACAGCAAGAACGCGAGGCCAGCGACCACAAACCGAUCUCCACUUGUGCAGAUGAUCAGAGAGAGAGAGAUGGCCAAGCCGCGAGCAACACGAUAAGCCACCCGAUCAGUGGCUCGCCUCACUCCAUGCGCGAGCUCGAGCUGAGCAGCAAGGCAGCAGCUAGCUACCUAGCUGAGAGAGCGAGUGGACGAUGGAAUGAGGCUCGCAGCUGCCAAACCUUGCAGCUUCUUCCGAAUCUCAAGGGCGGGGGUCGCCGUCGUCGCUGCAGCUGCAGCUGUUCGGCGGCCAUGGCGAGCUGCGGCGGCGAGCGGCAAUGCGGAGGCCGAACGAGACGACGGCGGGGAUGAGCUGGUGUCGCCGACGCGGGCGGGGAGCAGGCGCGCCCGGUUGUCGGCGAGGCGGCGGGAGAGGAUCAGGCUGCUGGACGUGGUGGAGGACGGCGCCGCCGGCGCCGUCGGCGGCAUCGGCGAGUUCCUCCGGCAGCCCGCCGGCGUGGAGUCGCUGCUCAACACGAGGGCGCUGCAGAGCUUCGCCGCCGUCGAGCCGGAGCCCAACACGUUCCGGUGCACGCUGCGGACCAUCGGCUUCCUCGGCUUCCAGGUCGCUCCGGUGCUCGACCUCCGCGUCACCCCGACCUGCACCGACUGCACCGUCGAGAUGCUCUCCUGCAGGUUUGAGGGUUCAGGCUCAGUUGAGCAGCAGAAUGAGCUAUUUUCAGCCUUCAUGAGCAACCAUAUAACAUGGAAAGACGACGGUGAGGAGCCAUGCUUGGACAUUGAUGUCAAUUUGGAGGUCACUCUGGAGGUGUUCAUUACAGGUGUACACAAAGCCAUUCACCAUGCUUCCAUUGUCAGCAGUGGAGAAACCAGGCAACCUGUUGAUGCAAGGCCUCCUGGACAGGCUAGUACCCUUACUGGGGGUGCAGCUGCUGAGAGACUACCAUUCGUGGGUUCAGCUUCAGCAGCAGCAGCAGCAGCAGCAGCCUGGAACAUCCUCAUCAGAAACUGCUCAAAUCAACACUUGAUUGGUCCGGAUGGUUCAAUCAAAAUUCAGGGAUUUUGGAGAGGGAAAGAAUUCUGAAAAAAAAAAAGCUGGGAUUGUUUGGAACAAAAUUGGUUGCCUGUGUAACUCAAAAUCAGCGAGUCAGAGAUGGUUUGUACUAUAGUCCAUUGGACCAUUAUUUAUGACUGCGUCAAUACUUCAGUGAAACUAAGGCAUCAAACUCCACAACUUUCAAUCGCUGUUCCAUUCGAAAUACUAGCACUGGUUCUCGCAAGAAAAAAAAAGGAAAGAAAGAAAGAAGCAGAAGAAAUAAUGAAAAAAAAAAUUCAAUAAGCACAAGACUGUGCUAGUAUUCAUAGUAUCUCUACUACUUAAAUCUACUACUUAAAAGGUCAGCCGUCCUCUUACUCACCCAAAGUCACGCAAAAACAAUCUCCACAAAAACCAUAAAACAAUUGAAGUGGUUUAAAAAAUAUGUUUUUCCUCUAA